AUGUCGGACGAACAUCCUCACAACGCUGUCGAUGGGAACAAGCAACCCAUCUCCGAGGAUGUCUAUGAGCAGACAGAGGCUCGUAAGAGCCAGACUUCUAUCGACAAUGUUGAGUCCGACGAAUUCAGUGUAGCCAACAUUGAGCGAAUCUACAGAAAAUUGGACCGUCGCAUCAUCUCUGCAUUUUGGGUUCUCUAUUUCCUCUGCUCCGCCAUCCGAUCAAACGUAGGCCUGGCGCAGACGAUGAACGAAGACUCCGGCCACGACCUCGCAGACGUCCUCCAUCUAACCCCGCACCAGAUCUCAACAGGUCUAGCACUCUUCUACGUCUGCUAUGUGGUCUUCGAUCUGCCUUCCAACCUAAUCAUGACCCGCCUCAGUCCCCACGUCUGGAUGAGCCGUAUCGUGAUCAGCGUCGGGCUAAUAGGAAGCUGCCUCGCCGCCAUGAAAGCAGCCUGGAGCUUCUAUCUUCUCCGCCUUUUGCUCGGUAUUGUCACAGCCGGCAUGUGGCCCGGCAUGACCUACUACCUAACACUAUUCUACCCACCGUCGCGCAUCGGCAAACGCAUCGGCCAGUACUUCACAGCAUCCCAAGUCUCCGCCGCAGUCGUGGGCCUUGUAUCCGCCGGUUUCCAGAAAAUGGACGGCGCCAAGGGCCUCGUCGGCUUCCAGUGGAUGUUCCUCGUCUACGGCGUCAUCACCGUCGCGCUCGGCUUCGGUCUUCUCUGGUGGCUUCCUGAUCGGCCCACGCCACCAGGCGAAGACGCUCCUAAGCGCAGCGCAUUGAUGCGCUGGGUCCCUGUUAGCAAGCCUGCGCUGACGGGCCGCGAUGCCGUUGUCCAUUACCAUGACAUGAAGCGGGUGUAUCAUUCUCGGCCGUGGACGCUGAGGGAUUUACUGGCUGUUUUUAUGGAUUGGAGACUUUGGCCCCUGCUGGUUAUGUACUUCGGUGUUGUGGGCGUUGGAAUUGGUGUCCAGUUGUACGCCAACUUGAUUAUCCAGGCUAUCAACCCGAAUCUCAGCGGUGUUGAUUUGAGUUUGCUGACUGCCCCGAUUUGGAUUAUGGACCUCAUUGCCAUUCUUCUCGUCACCCCGAUGUCUGACCGCUUCCAUCGCCACCGCGCAAUCUUCUUCUCCGUCCCGGUUCUCCUUCAGAUCUUGGGCCUGCUGCUAACUAGCUACGCGGGCUCGGACGCCAACCCAUGGCCACGGUACGGUGGUCUUCUAAUUGUCGGCUUUGGACUCGGCCCCACUGUGCCAAUCACAAUGACCUGGACAACAGAAAUCUUCCAGCCGCGACACGGCGAAGUCGGCGUAGCCGCUGCUUCGGCCGUUGUCUCUGGCCUAGGCAACCUAGGCAGUAUCCUCACGACCUACGCCCUGUAUUCCGGAUGGGCGAGCGACUACGAAGCCCCCGGGCGUCAGAAGUACCGCAAGAGUAACCUGGUCAUGAUUGGAAUCUUGAUCGCGAGUAUUCUGGCCGCGGCGCUGAUGGAGAUCAUGCUGCGCCUCGUUGACGGGCGAUACCGUCACGAGGAUGAAGAUGGAGCUGUUGAUGGUGCUGGGAGACGUGAGGUGCGCCAGCGUGGGUUGAAUGGACUGGGAGCCGGUGUGAUGAGGUGGGCGAGACGUGGAAAGAAGAUCGUGAAGUAG